AUGUUGCCUUCAGACUCUGGAAAUGGAGCAGCAGGCGAAAGGUCAGAACAAGAUGAAAAGGAGGCUUAUGCGCGUCUUGCAAAUACGAGAAAGCGUGAUUUACAAGAGGAAUUCACUAGAGAAUUAGAACAUGAUAAACCAGCGAAAGUACCGAAAAUAGAUGAUGGAUCUGACGAAGAGGAUACCAUUUUCGAGUCAGAGCCAGAGGUCAAGCCAAAAACGGCAGCUGAACGAAUGAUGGAGAAAAUGGGUUAUAAAGAAGGAAAAGGUCUCGGAAAGAAUGCACAAGGUCGAGCAGAGCCGGUGGCUCUUUCAACACAAAGGGGUCGAACUGGUUUGGGAAGUACGGCUGGAAAAGUGGUGGCUAGAGAUUUCACCGAAGAAUGGGAUGAAUCAAAAGAGGAAAAAACAAUUGAAGAGCAUGUUGAAUGGAUUCCAAAAUGUUCCGAUGAGAAAAGGCGGGAAAUUGCAGAUUUUCUUGCUAGCGAUCGACACAGUCAAUGGAUAAAAAUUGCAUUGAAAAAGUUAAAAAUCGAAGAUGAGACGGAGUUUUGCGAUGAGCAGGUGCUUUUGGAUAUGAUCAAAGCGAAGGAUGUGUUCGAUCACAUGUCUGAUCGAGAUUUACGUGAAGCUAGAACUCGUGCAAAUCCGUAUGAGACCAUUGGAUCAGCAUUCUUUCAAAAUCGUGCGGCAAUGAAGACGGCGAAUUUAGAUAAAGUUUACGAUUGGAUAUUUUCGCAAGAAGAUACUAUGGAUAAUAAGUUUCUGAAGAAAAAUCCGCUCGACUCAUCCAAGCCAGUAAACGUUGAUCGCGAAUCGGAUCUUUUCUAUUUCGCUGACGUGUGUGCCGGUCCGGGCGGUUUCUCAGAAUAUAUGUUGUGGAGAAAAGGAUUCUAUAAUGCAAAGGGAUUCGGCUUCACUUUAGCAGGAAAAGACGAUUUCAAAUUGAAUAAAUUCUGUGCUUCAUCUGCUUAUUAUUUCGAGCCCUAUUAUGGUGUGAAGAAUAAUGGCGAUGUGAUGGAUCCGCAAAACAUUGAUUCGCUUGAGCAGUUUGUGAUGAAAGGAACACAUGGAAAAGGGGUUCAUUUAAUGAUGGCCGAUGGUGGAUUCAGUGUGGAAGGACAGGAAAAUAUCCAGGAGAUUCUCUCAAAAAGGCUCUACUUAUGUCAAUUACUCGUUUCGCUUUGCAUCGUGAGAGAAGGUGGCAACUUUUUCUGCAAGCUAUUUGAUAUUUUCACACCGUUCAGCGUCGGUUUGAUCUACUUGAUGCGAAUCUGCUAUGAUGAGAUUUCGCUUCAUAAACCACACACAAGUCGUCCGGCGAAUUCUGAAAGAUAUAUUAUUUGUAAAGGUCUGCGUAAAGAGUACAGCGAUCAAGUUCGUGAUUAUCUUAAAGAAAUCAAUCGUGUUAUGAAUUCUUUGAAAGAUCGCAAUGAUCCAAACGAUGUUCAAGAAAUUAUCGAUAUAAAUGAAUUGAAAAAUGAUGAAGAGUUUUUCAAUGCGAUUGUUAGUCAUAAUGAAAAGCUGGCCCGCCGCCAAAAACUUUAUUUGGAUAAAUACUUGAGUUUUUCCAAAAAUCAGGGACAAUUUGACAAAGAUCAGGGUAAUUUGAGAGAAGAAUGUUUGAAAUAUUGGAUGGUGCCGAAUCGCCAACGACAACGCGGACGCGAGCAAAUCAGACAAUCGCUGAAUGCUCUUGAAGUUUGGGGACAAUGGUCGCCGAAGCUUGUCUGCGAUUCAGAAUUCACUUUCCGACCUUUCGAAUUCAUUCCAAAUUUUUUACGAACAAAUAUCGAAAAGAAUAUUCCAUAUGCCGCUUUUCGAUUUGUGAGACUUGCCGAUAAAUCCCAGCCGAUGACACUGAUUGCUGCUGCGGAUUAUGUGUUUAUAAAUCGUAAUGGCCGAUUUGAAAAUAUGGACAAACAGUAUGUGAGAAUCCCACAAAACACAAUAAUCGUUGUUGAAGAGGUGAAAGCGAUUGAGAAGAAGGAUAAAAUGAUUCGUGAAGAUCAUCGCUCGACAAUUCUUCGAAUUCUGGAUGCUGCUGUUCUCAACGGCGACGAUGUUUCGAAAUUGUCGUAUGAGAAACGAAUGAAAGCUGCUGAGAAGAUGUGCAAAGCCUUGACAUUAGUGAAUAAGGAGGUGAAACUUGGCUGGGGACGUCAAGAGCGAAUUAUUACGCCUUAUACGAUUACCGCUGCUCAAACAUUUGCGUUGGAUGAGCUUGAUCAAAUGGUUGGUGAGCUGGAGGUGUUGUCGCAUAGGCAGGAGACGAAUCCGAUAUUUGUUGAAAACGGCCACACGUAUGUUUGCAAAGGGCUCAGAAUCACGAGGAUUUUGAAACCUGAAUGGAUGGUUGGAUGGUCAAAAAGUCAACAAUUGCAAUUUGCGUGGGCACCCAAAAAGAAUACUCCAUCGAUUUUCGAAGAACAAUGGGAAUCAAGCGGCUGCUACGCUUCUUAUUGGGAAACGUCGAUCGUUACGCGAAAAGAGCAUCCGAGGAUCAUUGAACGCAUCAAGGAAAGGAAUGGAAUCGACGUUCCUGUUCCGUGCACUGUUUGGAAAUGGACGCAUGACUUGCGCAGCAAUUACGGGCCAUUGAAGAUUCUAGAAGAUGAGCAAGAAUUCAACGGAUUGCCAACGAUGGAAGAAACGAGAGCAGAAAAGACUGAAGAAGAAAUUAAAGCAGAAAAGGAGAAGAAACAUUUAGAAGAACAACAAAAGAACUACCGAUGCCUUUGUCGAAUUUACAACAAAAUGGUCAGCCGGCUCAAUGCUCAUGGAUUCUUAAAAUUGCAUGUGAUCAUGGAGCUACAGAAGUUUGCUCAAAUCUACGUGACGGGACGCUCAGAACAGAUUCAUCAUGCUUAUAAGGAGAUGAACGAGAAGAUCUCGCAGCUCGCCGAGGAAUUCUCGCCGGGAUGCCAAUUGCGAACCCAUGAUUUGUUCCAUGUCAUCCUUAAAGAGUUUCAACUCAUGGAGCGCCGUCUUAGCACUGAGGAUGAGUUCGGCAAAACCAUAGUGAGAAAGAAUAUUUUGAUCACUGUGAUGAAUCGCUGGAGAUGUCAGCCGGCUAUUAUGAAUCCGGAGCCGGUUGAUCGGAAAAUUGGCUAUACAUAUGCAGUUAGAAAAAGAUCGGAGAGGAUUCGAGCCAAGGUUAUCACGUAUAAAUAA